UCCAGUGCGGUUUGGCUUUUUCCGCUGGCUUCGGCUUCUACAACCGCACACGGUUUACCGGUCGAUCGACGUCUUCGAAAGUAUAGGCACAGUUCUUAUUAAAUGAAGUAAAAGUGUUGUGAGUGUGGUUACCUGGUGGUGUCGCGCGGUUAAAGUAGCAACUGGUCUGGAAGAGUGUGGCGAGCAAAUUGUAGUUCAAGAAUACUAAACAACCUGUUACUGAACUGAAGCCGUUGCAUUGUGAAGGACAAAUCUAAUUAGGCUCGUGGAUAAGUCAUAAAAAGUGCAACGUGGGCAAACCCUGACCUAUACCGUAGUCGGGGCGACUGACCGUCUGGAAGACACCGAGCAAAACAAAACAGCGCGCGUGCCUUUGCGACAGCUAACAUCGCCAGCCGGUGACAGAGACCGACCGGAGCGACAUGCGGCAGAGCGGGCGAUGCGGUCGGUUUUGGGCCGCGCUCACGCGCAAAAAACGCAACGAAGACGACGGAAGUGAUUCACAGCUGGCACGUGUUCUCUCGCUGCUCGAUCUGACCGGGCUGGGGGUCGGCAGUACGCUAGGGUUGGGCGUGUACGUGCUGGCCGGUUCGGUGGCUCACGAGCAAGCCGGUCCCGCGGUGGUCAUUUCGUUUUUGGUUGCGGCCGUGGCGUCGGCCAUUGCCGCUCUCUGCUAUGCCGAGUUCGCCGCUCGCGUUCCGAAAGCUGGUUCUGCAUACAUCUACAGCUACGUCAGUAUUGGCGAGUUUGCCGCAUUUACGAUCGGAUGGAAUCUGAUUUUGGAAUAUGUGAUCGGUACAUCCAGCGUGGCACGUGGUAUGAGCGGUUACAUCGAUGCCCUGAUAGACAACAAGAUGAGCAAUGCGCUACGGGAAGCGAUGGGCAUGAACGUAGAAAUCCUGUCGGAUUAUCCCGACUUUUUCUCCUUCAUAGCGGUGCUCAUCCUUGCGGCCCUGCUGGCGUACGGUGUCAAAGAGUCCACUCUGAUGAAUAAUAUUUUCACCGGAGUGAACCUGUGCGUUAUAGGCAUUGUACUUGUUGCCGGUGGCAUGAAUAGCGAUGCUGCUAACUGGAACAUCCGUCCCGAGGACGUUCCACCGGAAGAUAUCCCCGAAGGUGUAGAUUUAGGAGUGGGCGGUUUCGCGCCAUACGGGUUUGCGGGAAUCAUGGCUGGAGCCGCCAAAUGUUUCUACGGAUUCGUAGGAUUCGAUUGUAUUGCCACCACCGGGGAAGAGGCGAAGAACCCCAGCCGCAACAUUCCACUGGCCAUCGUUAUCUCACUGAUAAUAAUAUUUUUGGCUUACUUCGGUAUCUCGACGGUGUUAACCAUGGCGCUACCUUAUUAUCUUCAGGAUCCAAGUGCUCCGUUCCCACAUUUGUUCGGUAAGCUGGAAUGGCACGAAAUAAAAUGGAUCGUUUCGGUUGGAGCUAUCUUCGCCCUUUGUACUAGCUUGUUGGGUGCCAUGUUUCCACUGCCACGUGUCUUGUAUGCAAUGUCUACGGACGGAGUUAUAUACAAAAAACUGAAAACAGUCCAUCCGAAAACGCAAACCCCGGUGCUGGCAACGAUUUUGGCUGGAAUUUUAGCAGCUACAAUGGCUUUACUAUUCAACCUGCAGCAGUUGAUCGAUAUGAUGUCGAUCGGAACAUUGAUGGCUUACACGAUUGUUGCUGUUAGUGUCCUUGUGCUCCGAUAUGAAGACACCAGUUCCAUGCAACGCACCGCGGUAACGAUACCGAAUGUGCUCAGGCAGCUGUUCAACACAUCCAAAUGUAAAGAUCCCACCCAAAUGUCGUCGGCAAUCGUUAAGAUUGUGACUGCUUUAUUCGCUGUUCUGGUUUGUGCUGUCUGCAGUAUAUUGGUUCUGGCAUCAGAUCAGAUAUCCUCGGACCAACCAGGAAUCAUCGCAGGCCUCGUGGUACUCGGAUGCGCCAUGAUCCUGCUAACAAUUAUAGUCGCCUGCCAACCGACAGAUAAGAUUGAACUCACCUUCAAAGUUCCCCUGGUUCCUGUCCUGCCGCUGUUGAGUGUAUUUUUCAACCUCUACCUAAUGUUCCAGCUUGAUGCCGGAACCUGGAUCCGAUUUGCCGUUUGGGUUGCCAUCGGUUAUUUCAUCUACUUCACCUACGGCAUCCGACACUCGGUGGAGGGAGUGAUCGCUAAGGAAAAAGCCGCAGAUGCUGAGGUGAACGGCAACACCUGCCUAGCCAAGAAUGGUAUUGACAACAACGGAUUCGACGCCAGCCACGAUCGAAUCUUCUCGAGCAUUCCGAACGAAUAUCCUCGGAAGAGUUCGAAAAACUCGUACACAUUGAAUAGCGAUUGAUGAUACGUUGCUAAGCAACUCAGUACAAACUAAACAGUGCAAUCAAUCAGGUCAAUCACAGAGACAUUAGAUUUUAUAUCAGCUCUCUCGAAUCGUUUGUUUUAUAUCCUCCCCGAGGCAGCUAGCAACUCUGUCAGAACGUCAGAACGAAUCAGAUUCGUUCCAAGCAGCGAAUCCAUUCCCAUUUGAAAAAGAUUUAAUUUUGAGUCUUAUCAUAUCCAAGAGAACAGAAACAUUUCGUGAUAUUGAAAUUUUUGUUCAAACGAUGUAAGAUUAUGUAUUUCGUCGCAGAACGCUUAAUCGCAGGCGUCGUGGCAAACCAAAAUCAGGCUUGUGAUAAAAGUAUUUAAAGUAAGUUUUAUCAGUGUAUCGAAUGGUGGAAAUGCGACCAUUUUAUAAUAGUGAUCCUUAUCUUCGACGCCGGAGGUAACCUAGUUAUUAAAUAGGUGCAUUAUGAUAGAACCAACAUGCGUUGAAUGUUGAUAGAUACAAAAGUUAAUCAAAAAAUCACAGUCAUCAUCCCUCUGUUUAUCACUGCCCGUGUUUCAGACACGCGUUAGACACUACACUUAAUCAUGUUUCAGCAGUCCGAGGCAUAAUCACAGUUAUUAUCACUUUCCAUGCAACCGCAGUUGGUACAUAUCCAUCCAUAUGUAGUACAUAUGUAGCUGCAUUCCGAAAAUUUUCAUGUACUGAUAACUACGAACAAAGCUUUUGUCCUAAUAAUCGUUAUCUGGCCUAGCCUCCAUCGGAUAAGCUCUUAUUACGCAUUUAUGGGGAAUUUAAAUUCAUACGUGGAUUAAACCCGUGCAAGGUACAAUUGAUUGUUUUGCGCAACAAUAUUACUGCUUAAUUGAGCAAUAAAAUAACUGUGGAAAGCUGGGUGCAACUUUCGUUUAUCAGAAGAUAGGUCUAUUGGCAAAAAAAUAAAACAAACUCUAAGAAAAGUAGAUCGGUGCUUUUUCAACCAAGAGUUCAAUCAGUUCCAAAACAAAAACAAACACAAACGAACUUGAACCGUAAAAAAACAUUACAUAAAGAUAUAAAAUAAAUUUUGCAAAACAGAAUAGUGAAGCGAUUUUGAAAUGCGUCUUAAAUGAUUAUGUUCAUAAUGUUUAUAAUUAUUCUACUAUUUCAUCAAAUGUGCCACAUUCACAACACUUUUAGUAUAAUAAAGUGCUGUACUACAUUCUUUUCCCACGCACAGUAAAAUAUUAAUACAAAUAAAAACCAUUAAUACAAACAAAAACAAUUUCAUGUUAAAAUUGAUGAAGCAAUUACUGGUCAAAAAAAGUAGCGUUCAGCCAUCUUAAGGAGUGAGUGCCUUUUAAAAGAGUAAAAAUGUAUUUUACAGUUUAAGUGUAAGAAUACCAAUUGUAAAAUAAAUAG